CACCCAUCCUUCUGUAAGAGGAUUUUUCUUUGAAGGCAGUUUUAACGAUGUAAUCGAAGUCAGGAUUAGAAGUCAGCUUUACUUUGGGGCUCGUCUGAGUGUGUAUUUAAUUUGUCACAAUCCGUGCUGCCUGGUGGAUCUGUAUUGAAACGUUUCUUACUACGAUCGGUGCGCUGUAGGCUGAAUGAGAGAAGGAGGGGCAUUCGUGUCUGCAGAAGUCCUUGGGAGUUGUGUUAACAAAGCCUGUGCCUACAGCGCUGGCUCAGGUGGACCGCGAGAAGAUCUACCAGUGGAUCAACGAGCUGUCCAGCCCUGAGACGAGGGAGAAUGCACUGCUGGAGCUGAGCAAGAAGCGCGAGUCUGUGCCUGACCUUGCCCCCAUGCUGUGGCACUCUUUUGGCACGAUUGCGGCACUCCUUCAGGAAAUUGUAAAUAUUUAUCCAUCAAUCAAUCCUCCAACCUUGACUGCCCAUCAGUCCAACAGAGUCUGCAAUGCUUUAGCUCUGUUACAGUGUGUUGCAUCUCAUCCUGAAACAAGGUCAGCAUUUUUGGCAGCUCACAUCCCUCUCUUCCUGUACCCCUUCUUGCACACAGUUAGCAAGACACGUCCAUUUGAGUACCUGCGGCUCACAAGCCUUGGAGUGAUUGGAGCCUUGGUGAAAACUGAUGAGCAAGAAGUGAUAAACUUCUUAUUAACAACAGAAAUUAUCCCCCUGUGCUUACGCAUUAUGGAGUCUGGCAGUGAACUCUCCAAGACGGUUGCUACAUUUAUUCUUCAGAAAAUCCUUCUGGAUGACACAGGGCUGGCAUACAUCUGUCAAACAUAUGAGCGGUUUUCCCAUGUUGCCAUGAUACUGGGUAAAAUGGUCCUGCAGCUCUCCAAGGAGCCGUCAGCACGGCUGCUCAAACACGUUGUCCGCUGUUACCUUCGCCUUUCUGAUAACCCCAGAUGUAGGGCACGUGAAGCUCUCAGACAGUGCCUUCCUGACCAACUGAAGGACACCACCUUUGCCCAGGUCCUCAAGGAUGACACCACCACAAAGCGCUGGUUGGCUCAGCUCGUCAAGAACCUGCAGGAGGGUCAGGUCACUGACCCACGGGGCAUCCCCCUUCCUCCGCAAUGACUGCUGGGGGGGGUGGGAGAUCGGGGAAGAAACAGCUCAGGUUUACAAAGAACUAGGAACAGAUGACCUCUUCUGUAACAAACUGGGCAUGCCAGCUGACUUUCAGUCUGCCAGCUUGUCGGACCAUUCCACCCAGCCAAAGGCUGCUGUGUAGCAAUGCAGCAUGCCUCUGGGGAUCACAACACCAGCAGAUACUGAUAUCACAGCUUAAAAAGAAUCAAUAAAAACAAUCUGUAAAGA